AUGCCAUUGAUUAGCAUUAGGCAAGAUCGUGACAUACGAUUCGAUAUAAAUCCACGAUUAUUACAACUAAUUUCUGGUGAACAUCUUGUGGAACGUAUUGAUGGUGUUGAAGAUACGAAAGGAAAUUGUGGUGAUAAGGGUAUUCUUCGAAUAACAAAUUUAAGACUUACAUGGCAUGCAACCGCUAUACCACGUAUUAAUUUAAGUCUCGGAUAUAAUACAAUAAAUGGUGUAACAACAAGAUUUACAAAAUCAAGACUUCGUGGACAGACUGAAUCACUUUACAUUUUAGCGCAUCAUGCAAAUGCUCGAUUUGAAUUCAUCUUCACCUGCAUUAAUCCUUCACAAACAAAACAUUUUACAACAGUAAUAUCAAUUCAUCGAGCAUAUGAAACUUCGAAGCUUUAUCGAGAGUUAAAAAUGCGUGGUGCAUUAGUGAAUGAUGAUGAGAAACUUCGAAUUUUACCAGAUGAACAGCAAUGUGAUCGUUUUGAUGGUGUAUGGAAUUUAGGUAGUGAUCAGGGAACACUUGGUAUUAUGAUACUUACUAAUAUUCGUAUUGUAUGGUUUGCAGCAACAAAUACAAUGUAUAACGUAAGUAUACCAUAUUUACAAGUGCAGGAUUGUCGUAUACGUCAUUCACGUUUUGGUCUUGUUUUGGUCAUUGAAACUUCAGCUGUUAAUCGAGAAUAUGUGCUUGGUUUUCGUACUGAUCCAGAAGAACAACUGAAAAGUAUUCAUCAAACAAUAUGUGCACUUCAAAAAGCUUAUGUAAUAAAACCUAUUUUUGGUGUGCAAUACAUUCGAGAAAAACCGACUAAUUCUCAAGAUACAACUGAUGUGAUGAAAUUAAUGGAUGAAGAUGUAGAACUUGAUGAUCGACCACUUCGAUCUGAUCCAUAUGCUGCUUAUUUUUCGGAUGGCAUUGUUAGUGGACAAAUUCGACCACCAGUUUACUCGGAAGAACUUGGCGUAGCAGUUGAAGAACUUAAACCAGGAUUCACUCUUACUGAUCUGUGGAAAAUUCAUGUUGAUUAA